UUCUCUCUCUCUCUCUCUCUCUCUCUCUCUCUCUUCCUCGACUCUGAUUAAAUUAUUGUGCAUUGAAAUUGGCAAAACUGUUUGUUUUUAUCUGUCACAAAAUUCAUAUUGGGUCCUUUUCUUUUUUUUUUUUUUUUUAUCCUUUUUCUGGAUUAUCGUAUCUCUCCUUGACGAGUAUCGAUACGUAUUGUCAUCUUCUAUUAUAACGCAGCAAAAUUCAUUUCCCAAGUUGUAGGGUUUCAUUUUUUUUUUUCACGUUCAAUUUCCAUUUUGUGUAGAGUUUGAUGGGUGAAUUGGAAGAGAUUGGAGCUGAUAUCAGAUUCUUUUGGAGGAAAUUAUUGGUAUUAUCUGAUCUGGGAUUGUGAGGAAGAUGGAUUUUGAUUUAUUCGGAUAUUGAAGUUGACGACAUAAGGUGUGACAACAUUCCAGAGAAAGAUGUUAGUGAUGAAGAAAUUGAAACGGAAGAGUUGGAGAGGCGAAUGUGGAAGGAUCGGAUCAAGCUCAAAAGGAUUAAGGAAAGACAUAAAUUUGAAGCCCAACAAGCUGCAGAGGAGCAGAAGCUCAAGCACAACUCUGAUCAGGCACAAAGAAAGAAAAUGUCAAGAGCCCAAGAUGGAAUUCUCAAGUAUAUGUUGAAACUAAUGGAAGUUUGCAAAGCACGUGGAUUUGUGUAUGGGAUCAUUCCUGAGAAGGGUAAGCCAGUAAGUGGUUCCUCUGAUAAUAUAAGAGCUUGGUGGAAAGAAAAGGUAAAGUUUGAUAAGAAUGGGCCAGCAGCCAUAGCAAAGUAUGAAGCUGAGUGUUUGGCCCUGGGCGAGGCAAACAAAAAUCGAAAUAAAAAAUCCCAAAGCAUUCUUCAAGACCUGCAAGAUGCAACUUUGGGAUCUCUCUUGUCUUCUUUAAUGCAGCACUGUGAUCCCCCUCAAAGGAAGUAUCCUUUGGAGAAAAGAGUUCCGCCACCUUGGUGGCCAACUGGAAAUGAAGAAUGGUGGUUAAAGUUAGGGCUACCCCAAUGUCAGAGUCCUCCUUAUAAGAAACCCCAUGAUUUAAAAAAGAUGUGGAAAGUUGGGGUAUUAACAGCUGUAAUAAAGCACAUGUCACCUGAUAUUGCAAAAAUCCGGAGGCAUGUCCGCUCGUCAAAAUGCUUACAGGACAAGAUGACUGCAAAGGAGAGUGCUAUUUGGUUGAGUGUCUUGAGUCGAGAAGAAUCCCUCAUUCAACAGCCUAGCAGUGAUAAUGGCACUUCUGGCAUAACUGAAAUGCCUAAAGGCGGGUGUCGUGGAAGGAAGCGACAUGACAUUAGUAGUGACAGUGAUUAUGAUGUUGAUGCUGCUGCUGAUGUUGCUGGUUGUGUUUCAUCAAAAGAUAACAGGAGCACUACAGCAAUGGUAGCGGAGCCAUUAAGCAUUGUUCGAAAUGACAAUCCCCAUGCUAUCCAAGAUAAAGAGCAAGGGGAAAGGCAACUGUCUAAAAAGCCUCGUGGAGAAUCUAGCAAUGCUGAUCAACAAUCUGGACCACUUCUUAAUAAGCAUUCAUUUGCUGAGGAGUGUGUGCCUGAUAUGAAUACUGCUGAUUUAUCAGCAAUGGAAUAUCAGAUGACUGGCAGUGAACAGGAAAGUGAUACUACUACUAGUUUGAGGCCUUUGCAGAAACGUUUUGAAAGUGGACCCAAUCUACCCCCAUCUGAAUUUAUCUACUUUUCUGCCAUUCCCGCUGCCAAUGUUGAUUCUAUGGGGGGCAUGCAUGUGGAUGGAAGCUCCAUGCUUCUACGUGUCUUAAAAAAUUCAGAGUCGCAUCAUGGUGCUGCUUAUGAUAUCUAUAAUCCAACGGUUGACUAUGGGCCUGCGCAUGAUGCACAGCAGUCUCAAAUGACAUUGGAUGUAACUCAUAUCAGACCACAGGAUGAUGGAGGCAAUGUACCAGCACUACAUACGGAUGGUGAUGAGAUCAUCAGAGGAGAUUUUCAUAGACCUUUUGGGUCUCCACCUCCGCUACAUAGCUUGUCAUCAGAAUAUGGACCCCUCCCCAGUCCAUAUCAUUUUGAAAUUGAAGAAUUCUUACUUGAUGAUGAGUUGAUCAAAUGCUUUGGUGCAUAGUUUUCACAAUAGACAUUUCAGAUUAUAUAUUGUGAGUGAUACUUUACUUUAAUCUGUGAUCCAAAUUUAAUGUCCAUUGAUAACUUUUGGUCUUCUAAGUCUUGUCAUCAUCUUUUUUUUCUUUUUUUUCGUUAAAUAGUUGGCCAGAGGUUUCCUUGGAGGCCAAUUGAGGAAUUUAUGUAAAUGAAAUGAUGUGUCGGAGGGAUAAAUGAUAAAAUUAUGAUAUAUUUCUUGUUAA